GCGGAUUGUUAAAGCCGUGAUUGAAUUGAUCGUUCGAUAUGCAUCAUCUUCAAACUAUAGAAUCAUCCUCCAUCAUUCUUAUCCUGAACUCACCAGGAACGAUCUUGAGAAGGAUUGACACCCACCAAUAAGGACAUCUGUGAAGGAACAUCUUUGGGUUGCGAUUAGAACAUCUCAAACUUCGACUUCAACCGGUGGAAAACGAUCCCAGAUCUCUUACAGCAUUCCCUCUGAUUUGCCAUCUCUACUUUCUCACCUAUAGAGCAGCUUCACCUACUCUUACUCUCUCGAUAUGGUCAACACUGUUGCACCCGGCCAACUGAGCCGUAAGAUUCGAAUCACCGUCGUCGCCGCUGAUGGAUUGUCCAAACGUGAUGUCUUUCGUCUUCCAGAUCCAUUUGCCAUCGUCACAGUUGACGGCGAACAAACUCAUACGACUUCUGUCAUCAAAAAGACGUUAAACCCUUAUUGGAGCGAUAGUUUCGAUGUCUCAGUCAAAGAUUCAUCCGUUUUAGCAGUUCAAAUCUUUGAUCAAAAGAAGUUCAAGAAGCGCGAUCAAGGCUUCUUGGGUGUAAUUAAUGUUUCAGUCGCCGAGGUGAUCGAUCUGGAAUUAGGCGGGAAAGUUCUCUUGACCCGUGACCUCAAACGCUCCAAUGACAACCUCGUCGUACAUGGAAAGAUCAUCAUCGAAUUAAAUACAGACAUCACAAAGCCGAUCAACAAUCACAGCGGUGCAGGACCAACAAGCGCAUUAUCCGUUCCAAAUGCGUCCACCAAUGCAUCUUCCACAUCUUUGGCAUCCAGUGCCAGACCCGAUGGUCACCAAGCGGCAGGCUCAAACGGCGACUCAUCAAGCGCAAGAGCAGAACAAAGCACAAAUGGAAAUGCCACAGCUCAUACGACCGGCACAAUCUCAUCAGCAAGGCCAUCAUCAAGCUCCAUUGCUGCAAAUCCAAGCGGUGCCUCUUCUUCGGCUGUGCCAACUUCUAGCCCUGCUCCUGGAUCAAGCGGUGCAAACGCAACGACAGCAUCCGGAGCUCGUCAAGACGCAGGGCGCGAUGAUGCCGGCCUUCCACCAGGAUGGGAACGUAGAACGGAUCAUUUAGGUCGUACCUACUAUGUUGACCACAACACCCGCAGCACAACUUGGACACGGCCAACAAUGUCGAGCAAUGGUAGUCAACAAGCUGCUCAAGCAACUGCUGCUGAUCGUCAACGUCACAGCAACCGAGCUUUGGCUGAUGAAAUGCUGGGAGUAGGUAAUGAUGGCGAUACAAGCAGCAGAGCAGGCUCUUCAAUCGCUCCUGCUGCUGGUAGCAACUCUGCUCUGGCAACUGGUUCCGCGACAUUGGCCGGUUCAGGACCACUUCCUCCAGGAUGGGAACAAAGAAACACUCCCGAAAAUCGUCCAUACUUUGUCGAUCACAAUACCCGUACUACGACUUGGGUCGAUCCUCGUCGUCAACAAAUCUUGCGUGUGAUGGGUCCCAACGGAAACAAUCUCACUGUUCAGCCACAAAGUGUUUCACAAUUGGGCCCUUUGCCAAGUGGAUGGGAGAUGCGUUUGACGUCAACUGCCCGGGUCUACUUCGUGGAUCACAACACCAAAACUACAACUUGGGACGAUCCUCGCUUGCCAUCUAGCUUGGAUCAAAAUGUACCGCAAUACAAGCGUGACUUCCGUCGCAAGUUGAUCUACUUCCGUUCUCAACCUGCUUUACGUCCUAUUCCAGGACAAUGUCACAUCAAAGUCCGUCGUACGCAUAUUUUCGAGGAUUCAUACGCAGAGAUUAUGCGUCAACAACCUAAUGAUCUUAAGAAGCGUUUGAUGAUCAAAUUCGACGGUGAAGAUGGAUUGGAUUAUGGUGGUCUUUCUCGUGAAUUCUUCUUCUUGUUGAGUCACGAAAUGUUCAAUCCUUUCUACUGUCUAUUCGAAUAUUCUGCCCACGACAAUUACACUCUACAAAUCAACCCUCACAGUGGUGUCAAUCCUGAACAUUUGAACUACUUCAAGUUUAUCGGUCGCGUUCUUGGUUUGGCAAUCUUCCAUCGUAGAUUCUUGGAUGCAUACUUUAUCGUUUCGUUCUACAAGAUGAUUCUCAAAAAGAAGAUUCAACUUGCCGAUUUGGAAGGAGUGGACGCAGACUAUUACCGUUCCUUACAAUGGAUGCUCGACAAUUCAAUCGUGGAUGUUGUUGAUGAGACAUUCACUGCAGUCGAAGACAAGUUUGGUGAAAUCGUCACUGUUCCUUUGAAAGCAGGAGGUGAAGACAUUGAGGUGACGGAUGAAAACAAGAAAGAGUACAUCGAAUUGAUGACUGAAUGGCGUAUCGUUCGUCGUGUUGAAGAGCAAUUCAAAGCUUUCAUUAGCGGUUUCACAGAAUUGAUUCCACAAGAUUUGAUCAAUGUGUUUGAUGAACGUGAAUUAGAACUAUUGAUUGGUGGUAUGUCAGAAAUUGAUGUCGAUGACUGGAAACGAUUCACAGAUUACCGUGGAUUUACAGAACAAGAUGAUGUCGUUCAAUGGUUCUGGCAAUGCGUUCGUUCAUGGCCACCAGAGCGUAAAUCACGUUUGUUACAAUUUGCAACGGGUACUUCACGUAUUCCUGUCAAUGGAUUCAAAGAUUUACAAGGAAGUGAUGGACCACGUAGAUUCACGAUUGAAAAGUCUGGAGAAGUUACGCAAUUGCCAAAGAGUCACACGUGCUUUAACCGUAUCGAUUUGCCACCUUAUUCAUCAAAAGAGAUUCUGGAAGAAAAGUUGGUUUGGGCUGUUGAAGAAACUGUCGGAUUUGGACAAGAAUAAAUGGUAUUAUCUCCGCUUUCUUUCUCUGUAUCACAUCUAUUCAUAUUCAUUCUUUCUUUAAAAGUGUUUUGUAUAUACUUCUUUCGGGUUAAACCUUUUAUUUUCAUACAUUUAUUCAUCUGCAUACACACUCUGAUUUCGAAUAAUAGGACAGUCUUUUUUUUCCCAUAUGAAUAUGUACAAGAUGAAAGUCAGCGAUGCAGGGUUUACAUAGUGGAGAAAUGGCUUGCUUCUACAAGCCGAAGAGAAUGAAAAGAAGAUCUUAUCAUCUGAGCCGGAUAUAGACUUUUUU